AUGGAAGAGCAAAGUAACCAAGAGAACCCUGUGCAACUAACAUCGUGUGACACUGGGGGAACAACCAAUGAUGUCUCUCAUUCAGCUGAGGGUCAUCUCAUUUCAAACCCAAAAUUUGGCAUUGCAGCAUCAUCUGGAAGAAAUGGGAGCCACUGGACUUGCUUUCCUAAACCAUCUCAUAACUAUGUUGAGUAUCUUUCGGAAUCCUCAACUUAUCUGCCAAACACUUCCACUGAUUACAUGAUGGGGGGUAGUUAUCUACCUGUCGGCAACAUCAAUGAUGGUAACGUGGUUGAUGGAUCGGACAGAAACUUCUUUUAUAAUGAUCCAGGAAAAGUCUGUGCCUUUAAGCCUAUUGGUUCUUCAAGUAAUGACCUUGACAUUAGGAAGGUGGGGUUUUGGAGAGCUGAUGAAGGAGAGGAAGUAAUUAAAGUUGAAACUGAAAGCAGUCAAAAUUUUCUUUAUGCAGAGAAUCAUGCUUUAUGGACAGCAGAUUCUCUUGGAGAUAAGCAUAAUGCUUCACAUGAUCCAAUGGUAAUGGUUGGUGCACCUGCUUUACUUCCCAAACCGGGAAGCAGCUCCUCAAAAGAGAAAGCACGUAUCACUGACCGUCAACGAAGGCAACGUAUCGCUGAUAACCUCAAAGCCUUACACGAAUUGCUUCCAAAUCCAGCAGAGAAUGACCAGAAAUUGGAACAAAGUGGAAGUAGAUUGCAAGCGGAAUCAACUGCUAUACCUCUAGUUUUUCAUGAGGGUUAUGGGCACUAUAUCAACCAACAGAUGCUGAACGAACCCCUUGAGGAGAUAAUGGGGAAACUGCUUGAAGAACAUUCAGCAGCAGCUGGUCAGCUACUAGAGAGUAAGGGUCUAUUCCUGCUGCCUAUGGCUUUGGUUGAUGAGUUGAGUGAGGCUAUGCAAAUGUUUGGGGGGAGUGCACUUGCCUGA